AUGGCAUCGCCGUCACCGUGGCCUGAAAACCUCCUCGCUCCCAUCGUCGCCGGCCUCCGCGCGACGUGCAGUUCAUGGCGCGCCGUCCCCUCGCUGCCGCCGCCGUGGUCUGACCUCCCACAGGACCUCCUAGGCCUCAUCAUCGGCGGACUCCCAGACCCGGCCGACCGCGCUCGCUUCAGCUCCGUGUGCCGUUCCUGGCGCUCGGCCCCCCACCCCUACGCACGGCAGCUACCGUGGGUCGACGCUGUCUGCCGUUCCUGGUACACCGUUUCGUCUCUUGGAACGCAGCUAGCUUUCGUCAGCACCAGGCGCCGUUUCUCGAAACCGUGUCCCCCGACCUCCCAACGCCUGCCACCAUGGCGCCGUAUCUUUCGCUCGGCCAUCUUUCCAUGGCGGCAGCAGCCGUGGAUCGUGCUCCCGGGCGGCUUCUUCCUCGACGACAUCCCUUCGGAGCUAUCCGAUCACGGGCCGGAAGCACCCACGUCCUUCCCCGAGAACCUGCAAUGCGUCGGCUCCACCGACAGCUGGCUCGCCCUCGACUGCACGGACGGCGAGGUGAGGCAUGCCUACUUCUUGCACAAUCCUUUCUCACGGGCAACCGUGCCGCUCCCGGAGCUGGACGCCGUCAUCGGCGAUGUCUCCAAGCUAUUCACCAUCCACAAGGUGCUCAUGCGAUCGACCCCCGAUGACCUCAUCGUCGUUAUGACCAACAACUGUGAUCUUCCUGUGUUUUCAAUCCAGCGAGGGAAGGGUGCGCUUUUACCACAACCGCAAAUAACAAACUUUCGCACCAUCAUUGAUAUUGCAUUUUUUGGAGACAAACUCUGGGGAAUCACCAAGGCCAAGGAACUUUUCAUCCUCCCCAUCACCUUUGAAGAUGUUCCCGGCAUACCCAUGGCUACUAGUAUUGAGCAGGUUAUUUGGAGGAACAUUGAUGACGCGGAUGCAACACACGAUGAUGAGGACGGAAACAACAAAGGCUAUGUGGGUGACGAGCAAAACAACGGUGAAGCUGAGAAAGAUAAUGAUGAGCUUCUUUUCAGCGAAGAGUACAAAGCCAAACGUCGUAAUCACAGCAAACUGAUGUUAAAAGCCAGGGAUGGCAUGAUAGGCACCGGCAUACAAUUUGAACCUGAAUUUAUGAUCUUUCGGUACUUGGUCGAGUCAUGUGGAAAGCUUCUCAUGGUGAUUCGAGAAGCAGAUAGCAGUAGAUUCACGUACAAAGUGGAAGUUUUCGUUCUCGAUGUCAAUGCACCUGCAUGGGUUCCGAUCUCCAGCUGUGGGCUAGGUGGCCAGACUCUUUUCAUUAGCAAACCAUUCAGCAAGUCUAUUUUAGCUCGUGGGGAGGUAGAACCAGAUGCUAUUUAUUUUAUCGAUUUUGGGGAAGUCUUCAGUAUGAAAUCCUCCAAGGCAAUAUUCAUCGGUCAUUUUCGGGAGGAGAAAUUUCUUGACUACAGUACCACAACGUGGGUAUUUCCUCCGCAAUACAAUUAG